UAUUCUACUCCGCAUUUCGUUACUCGGACCUACGCAAGCUCAGCGUGAUACGAUACUCAGCAUCCAGAGAACCUGGCUCUUGUGCCAUCCUGAAUAGUUCUAUCGCUUUUUCUCCAGUUCGCCUUCUACAGUCAGAUGCACACUAUUCUUAUAUUUUAUAAUUUGCAAAUAUAAUUAUAAUUCCCUUCCGAUACUUUCUGUUACAGUGGUCUACUCCUAUUCGUACUACCCGGUCGUCGAUGGAUUCGAAAGAUAUCACAGAUGCUAAAGAAGCCAGGCAUUCGCGUUGGGAUUGAAAACUAUAGCGAGUGCAAGGAAAUUCGGUGUACGUAAUAUCGCCGAGGGAAAUUCGUAAAAUUGUUCCCGAAGGACCGAUCCAGGAAGGAGGAAUGUUAGCUAGAGACAAUUUACCUACAUACGAAUAUGUAUGCGUACGUGUGUGAGCGUGUUCGUCCGAGUUUCGGCUUUCGCCUCGUUAUCGUCGUAAAAGAAAACCUAGAAAUUUCAUGGAUUCGAUCGAAGUUAUUCGAAGACGAAUCCUCACGGAAUCAUCGUAGAAAAAAGAAAGCUGUCCGACAUGCAAAUGAGGGAACGGCGAACGUGGGACAAUUAUGGACAACAGUCGAGCUAACGUACUUUGUAGUUGAUUUUAUCUUGUGAUACGCGUUGAAUCGGCAAUGAGCCGUACGAUGUUCGCUCUUUUCGCAUGAUCGCCGUGAUAAAUACGACUGUUGCAUCUGGUUUUCGUCGAUUGCCGAUCGUUAAGAAGGCGAGCGUGCUGUAUGAAAGUUUAUAACGAUUCAUUAUGCGUAUAAAUGCAAAUGUAGCUCGGGUAACGCUGAUGCCGAUUUUCAUGCAGCGAAGGAGGCCAUAAUAAUACGAUUAACUAUUUUAUUCUCCCUUCCUUUUCUCCUAACACUCGUUAGAAUUAGUAAUUAUAGGCAUCGUAGUAUUUUUAUUACGCUCUCUACGACUUGGCCUUGUUUUAAUUAGUCUUUUAUGGUGUAUAUACAGUUUCGCAAGUGAACCAUCGAGUUUGAAUAAAUAUUUGUUGUUAUUGUUAUCCUUCGAUUUUUAUUAUUCGCUAUUGUUAUCGUUGGUAAUUUAAUAAACUAACUUCAAUUUCAUUCGUAAUAUUUGUUUAUUAAAAGAAACAUUAUUCUUAUGAUUAAUCGAUACGUACCGAUACUGUGUUGGAAGGUGCGUUACUUUAUUCUCACAUUAUCACGUGCAAACGAAUACGAGGAGCAACGAACGACAAUCAGGAAAUAAAACGUCUGAACCAACAUCCAGCCUCGAUCUCCUUUCAUCAAUGCUUCCUAUCGAGUGCAAUGAACCUUCAAUCCUGAAUAACACCAGCUCUUUCCAAAUACAUUGCUGAAAGAUAUCGAACGGCUGAAACAUCGCUAUAAAACGUCAAUGCCUGUUACGUUUUUAUUCCGAUCGCUCGCUCAACUGACAAAACACACGAAAUUGCCUAACAUAUUUUUUCAUUAUCGAUAAAUCACAUCGAGGAACGGGAUAUCUUCGCAUUAUGUUUCUAUGAUUUCAAAAAUAAAUACAGAGAAGAAAACGAAAAAAGAAAAGAAGAAACGAUCACGUGAAACAGAACCGAAGUAUUAACAAAAAAAUAUGGAAAUGCCACAAGUUCAAAGAUUUAUGAUUUUUACGGAAAGAUCCGUUUGCAGCGACUUCGUCGUUGUUACGCGACCAAAGAAAUGGCACGAAAAUGCCCAAAGCAAUGCAAAAGUUUCCAGUUGGUCGUGAAAAUGAUUGAAUGGCACGGUCGCAUAAUUUUAGUCAUAAACUCACGUAGCACCGAUGAAUAUAGUGGGUCACUGGAUCACACACGUUGGUCCGCGCGUAUCCACGCACACAGCUGUAUCCUCACGAGGGAAUCCAGUAGCAGGAUAUGGAGAGAAACGGCGUUUAACCGGUCUUCGAUCACUCUGCCCAUCUGCCGACUGGCAAAGGGCCCCUGGUACACUCGUAAAUCGACUUUCCUGCCAUCGAAUUCUUCUUCCAUCCAUCGUAGUGCAUUUAAUAAAAUACAAUCUGCCAUUGAAACGUUCCAUCUCGUUCUCUGUGUAAACGUUUAAACACAUACCUGACAAAUGAUCGAAACGAGCGUGCAAUUCCAGCUAUCUGUAGGAACGUCAAUGUUUAACAAACUAUUGUUGGAAAUUGAUCGGCGGAGACGAAGAUCCACCGUUCGGUAUGCUCAUUUUCUUCUUUUUUUCUUUUCUAAAAGCGGCUCCAACGAAGUACCGUUUCGGAGAGACGUUGACGUUGAGCGUAUCGCUUUAGUUUAGUAGGAAGAAACACGGGAGAAAGGAACGUAAGAUGAAAGAGAGCGAGAAAUCUAUCGAAAAUGUCAGAGUUUCAGAGAAGAACAGGUGGCUGAAGCAUGAAUUAUUUAAUUCGGGAAAGUUUUGCAGAAUCGAAGCGUACGGUCUACGAAGAUCUAGAAACGAGCAGAGUCGAAGAACGGUUAAGUGAAACACGAGCAAUACAGGAAAUAAUUUCCAUUAGAAAAUUCAAAAGGAUUAAAAUGUAAAAUAUUCACGAUGUUUUCGUUACUUUAACACAAUCGUAGACUCGGUUAAUUGGAGAAACGUUGUAGGAACGAUUAUAGAUAUUUACUUACGUGAUACGAUUAACUGACAUUCGCUUAACGCGCUUCCGUUGCACAUGCAGAACGAACAAACGCAGAAUUGGGAAUUCUUGUGAAUUUCGUGGAACCCAUGACUUUUCCCGGUUACGUUCCGCAUUUCGAAGCAGCUGUUAUCCGUCAGAGUAAGGUAGGAGGCACAGCGUUUCGGCCUUCGAUGAUACGUUCGCCGGUUGCGAGUAUAAAUGAAGGACAAUGACCUAAUUGCGUGCAGAACACACAGUGCUCCCUCAAUGUCCAAUCAUCGCGCGCGUUAACUCGUGUUCGAUUAUUUGUGGCCGUAACUUCCGGCAUAUUCUUUUCAUAUUUUUUAUCGUUUUCCCGUCUUUUCCUUCCAGUGAGAACGCCAAGUUGCGCAGGUGAUAAAUCUGAAAAUUGCCAUUUCUUCGUUCGAGGAACUUCUUGCUCGGAAGGCGAAACAAUGAAGACGACGAAUUGGCUGUGCUGUUUGUUGGUCGUGUGUGUCUGCCUUGUCGAGGCCAGGUACAAGAUCAGAAGGCCCCAGUUAUCGCCUCCGCAGCCUCCUAAACUGAUGUUCAAGAAAUCAUGGCCGAUCGCCCAUAGAAUCUCCGUGGGCAACACGAUGCACAUAAAUGGAAACUUCCCGCCCAAACGAAUGUCCCAGAAACCGCCUAAUUAUAGAAUUCGCAGACCACCGAUGUUCAACGUGCCACCAACCAUUUGGAAGAAUCAAAUGCCGAUAAGAGCUCCUCUAAAUAAUCACGCGGUUCUUCCGCAACGUCCACCUGUUAAGGAGUUCCAUGCCGUGAACAAAAUGCCGGAAUAUAGUCCGGAAUACAGGCCGGAAGCUGCUGUUCUACCACCGACACACAGGGGUGGCAUCGACGACGACAAAGGACCGAUUCAUACAAUUCCUGCGCCGAAUCUCAGUCCCAUGGACAAGCCUUUCAAUAACGAAGCGAACGCAGACGAGACGUCUCGACGUCAACAGCCAACCGAUCCUACCUACAAAGUUAAUCCACACGGUUCCUUGUUGCCUAAUUUCGAUCUUGCGACCAUCACGAGUUUGACACCCCAGAAGACUGUAACCAGUCCGACACCGGUGCAACACCAGUACGAAGUGACCGAAAGUAACGAUAUCAAUCAGAAAGAGUAUCAAACUGUUCUGCCAACGUUCUUGCCCCCGGAAUUUGCAACACUUUCGACAUUAGUGAAUCCUGACUUACAAACGAACGAUGUUUACUUGAAUAAUCAUCCAGCUUCGAAUAUAGGUCUUAUCGGAACGAACAUUCAACUCGGACAGCCCAACUUACCUAUGCAAACGAAUCUUCACAGUUCUCUUCACGUUGGUUUCCCUGGUACCGCUGCUCAGACUCCUUACAUCAUAAAUCAACAAAUUCCUGAUCUACACGUUGGUCAUCCGGCACCAGCUGGUCCUCCGCUCUCAGCCACUCAACUUUACGACCUUCUAAACAGCUUUCCCCAAAAAAUGUCAGAGCAGUAUCAAACAGGUCAACAGCCACAACUUCAGCAACACAUACUUCAGCAGCAACUCGGUCAAUUCUUCCAGCCUACCGGCGUAACUGGUUUCUCGCAGCCCCAGAUGCAAUCGUUCAAUUACGACGAGCAAGAUAACAAGGAGCAACAACAACAGCAGGUCUUAUUCAACCAAGAUUACGCUGCUGGCAGGGUCAAUACGAAUUACAACGUAGAACCGGAGUCACCUCUGAACGAGGAAGAGAACGCUGGCCUGCAACAGAACGAGGAUCUCGCUUAUAUCGCCGAUGGAAACGAACAAUUGGAAAAUAACAUCGAAUACGAGCAAACCAACAAUCAAAAGGAUCAGACGACGUACUUUAACAAAGUGGCUAGCAACGAUGCAAUGUCCACGCAAUUUUACACGACGCUGCCUAAUCGAGAGGCUGCAGAAAAAUUAGCAGCUCUGGCAGCUGCUGGAAACGUUAACAGUCAAUUGAUAGGGCAAUUGCGAAAGCAACAACAACAGCAACAGCAACAACAACAACAACAGGAAAAUGUACAGACCGAUGAAACUAUGCCUCCUAAUCACAAGAACGAAGAAUACAAAACGAACGAGCAAAUCAACGACGACGGUCAUUAUGAUCAGAAUUAUUAUCAAGAUCGAGUUCAGAAUCGGCAGAAACAACGACAAAAAGAACACGAACAACAGCUGCAACAAUACGAGGAACGGCAGAAAGAAUACGACAGACAACAGCAACAACAACAGCAACGUCAACGACAAAAUCCGUAUAGCAAUAAAAGACCAUUGAGAAUUAUGGUGCCGGAUGAAAAUGAUUAUAGCAAUACCGAGAUACAGAACGACGAACCGAAAGAAAAUACAGAAGUCGAGUACGAGUACGAAAACGACGAAGCGGAUGCUGGAAAUUCGCAGGCAAACGGGUCGUUCGACGGAAGAACGUCUUAUGAUCGAUCGAACGCUGAAUUUGGAUCGCGUUUGAAUCCUAAGAGCGGAGUAUAACAUUUUCUUGCGAAUCAUUUUGUAUAUAUAGUUGGACGAAAAUAUUUAUUACAGUUCUAUUUAUCGAUCAGACUUAUCUUUACGGGGAUUUCUGUGUAAUUUAGACAAUGAAUAGGGUUUCUCAUAAAAAGAGGGAAAUUUUAUACUGUUUUUACAAGGUACGCCGACGAAACUUUCUUUUUUGAGAUUACGAUUUGUGGUUAUAAUUAGAAUAUUUAUUAAAUUUUCGUCGACGAUACAUUGAAAACAGUCGCGUGAAGGAUAGUAAUUUAUUUAAUGUUAUUUAUUGUCGAUAUACUCGUACUUCGUUGUAAAAAAAUGGACAAAAGAUAUUGCCAUUGAUUUAAAGAAUCAAUAUUUUAUUUCAAUUAUUGCGCAUCACCAAUCUGAAUUACACUUAUAUAUAUGUACAUAUGUAUCAUUGAGGUAAUCUAUCCAAUAUAUGGUACAUGAGUCAUUUUGGUUACAAACGAAAAUCUACAGAUAUUCUAUCUUUUCGAUCAUCUCGUCUCGUCUUUUCAUUUUUACAAAA